AUGCCGUCGGCCGAGUGUGCCAGCGCACGCCUGCUGGACCUGGAGGAGCUGGAGUCUGAUCCAGCACCACUUUUCGUCAUCAGAGCGGGAGAGAUAACUCUAGGGUUUGAAUUUCUCUUCUGCAACGAAGCUUUCCGAAAACUCCAUCUCUGCAAUUCCAUAUUGGCCCAGGACAGAGCAGCGCUCCUCUUCCGCUCAUGGGCGCAGGCUUUGGGUGAAUACAAGCCGCGAUAUGACUUUGGCGAUUUAGUCUGGACUGCCGAAAUAUCGGGGCGGAAUGGCCGUUGGAAAGUGGUAAAGGCAAGAGAGUUGGAUACAGAUCAGCAGGAUUCAGCCUCGUUAGGGAAAGAAGCGAACGACAACGAUGACCUCAGUAUGGGUCGGAUACCAGUUUUCACAAGAUCAAAAGCGCAGUUGAUGAGUGAACUCAAGCGCGAAAGAGCAAUCUCACUCAGGAACAUUCCAUACACAAGCCUUUCUGCCAGAUGGGAAAGUAUCCAGACCAUGAUGGAGAUGAGCGAUGUUGGCGUUUUUGAGUAUAACGCAGAGGGAAAACUAUUACAUGCAAAUGAGGCAUGGUAUAGACUCAGUUCCCAACCCAGAGACGCCAAACCCGACGAGUACGCAUUCAUGGAUCUUGUCUAUCCAGAUGACCAAGCACUAGUAAUGUCCAUGUGGAAUACGCUCACCCAAGGGAAAUCUGUUACUUUUGAGAUGCGUUGGAAGGCACGCUCAGGGUCGAAAGACGCUGCGCAAUGGGUACUCUCAGCUUGUGUCCCAGUGUUUGAUGACGAUAAGCAACUGAUCGGUAUUGCCGGCAAUACAAUAGACAUUAACGCACAGAAGAAGUCACAAGAAGCUGCACAAGCGCAGGUGGAAGCACUAGAACAAGCGCGGCUUGCAGAAAGGAAGUUUGCACGAUUUGCUCAGACCUCACCUACAGCGAUAUACAUAUACGUCCCUGAGAGUGGCAUGAAUUUUGUCAACGACCAGUUCUUCGAACUUACAGGCCACGCACAUGCACCUGUCAACCAAUACGAGUGGUUCGAUCUAAUCUCCAACGAGGAUGUGGAGAGAGUAAAGCAGGAUUGGGACGGCAUGCUCAAAUGCGGUAAAUCGAGUGGAGUGCAAUUCCGUUUAAAGAAAACAUGGAUCAACCAAGACGGCAUACGGUCAAAUAUAUGGGUACAAAGUUCGAGUUACCCAGAGCUGGACGAGAAUGGAAAAGUGAUAAGCAUAAUGGGAACUUUGUUCGACAUAUCACAUUUCAAAUGGGCGGAGAGUGUACAGCGGCGUCGCAUAGAUGAGGCGUUGGAGGCCAAACGACAGCAAGAAAACUUCAUUGAUAUGACCUCGCACGAACUCAGGAAUCCACUGUCAGCGGUGAUACAAUGCGCUGACUCAGUCAUCGCUUCGCUCCAACAACUAUCCGGACGCCAAUUUGCAACAUCAAAACAACCGUCCGACAUAUCCAAGGCAGAGGCGGAAGUUCAGAGCUGCAUUGAAUCACUACUAAUCAUCGUCUCGUGUUCGAUGCAUCAGAAACGCGUUAUUGACGACGUACUUACAUUGUCUAAACUUGAUUCUAACUUGAUCUUAAUCACGCCGAUGCGUGUUCAGCCCGCGGUCGUGGUGUCAGACGCGGUCAGAAUGUUCGAAGUCGAGUGUAAUCAGUCGGGCAUCGAGCUUACUUUCCGCGUUGAUGAAACGUUCAGUGGAAUGGAAUGGAUAAUGCUCGACCCGUCACGUUUAUUACAGGUUCUCAUAAACCUACUCACCAACGCUAUCAAAUUCACUAAAGAUCGCCCGCAAAAGGCGAUCACCGUCACUAUCGGUGGUUCCUGGAGCCGUCCACCAAAAUGUUGGAAUGAAGUAACCUUCACCGACGACGAAAAGCCCGAGACCGAUAUUACGGAGAAGGCGGAAUGGGGCGAAGGCAGAAUAGCAUUUUUGUGGCUCAAGGUCAAGGACACGGGCUGCGGCAUGACCAUGGAUGAGCAAAAGAAACUCUUCUCCCGGUUUUCUCAAGCUACGCCUCGUACACACGUCAAAUAUGGUGGUUCUGGCCUGGGCCUUUUCAUUUCCAAGUCUCUCACCAAAUUACAAGGAGGAGCCAUCGGAGUUCACUCCGAGAAGGAAGAAGGAUCGACAUUCGCGUUCUUCAUCAGCACCCGCCUCGCGCAUCCACCAGCUGACCAUGUUGCCGCUCGCGCGGUACAGGCGCGGCCUGUUCCUCGUAGAACGAUGACAGGUGAGGAGGCUAUGCAGACGAUCAAACUCAACGUCCUUAUCGUAGAGGAUAACCUCGUCAACCAAAAAGUGCUUAGAAAACAACUGCAAAAGUUUGGUUGGAACAUCAGCGUAGCUGGGAACGGUCAAGAGGCGCUAGAAUGGUUAAAGGACAGUGUCUAUUGGCGGAACGAGAAAGACAGCUCUAACACUGAAGACAAACACGAACUCGACAUCAUUCUCAUGGACAUUGAAAUGCCCAUCAUGGAUGGCCUUACCUGCGCCCGCUUCAUCCGCGAUUACGAACACCAAGGCCUCCUCGCGGCUCCGUCGGCUCCGCAUUCCACAUCAUCUACUCAAGCUCAGCACAGGAAAAUCUUGUCUGCCUCUUCCGCCUCCCACGAGCGGGCUGAAAAACAAUCCCUACGCCUUCCUAUUCUAGCUGUCAGCGCGAAUGCGCGCAUGGAACAGAUUGAACAAUCGCUGGCAUCAGGCAUGGAUGAUGCCAUUUCGAAACCAUUCCGCAUACCGGAACUGUGGCCCAAGAUCAGAGGGUUAGUGAAGAGAGUUUCGGACGCUGAUACGAGGACCAAGUCGUAG